AAAAGGGAUUAUUAUUUUUUCAUUCAGCAAAAGAGAGAAAUAUCUUGAAGUUAUUGGGGAGGAAAAGGUCAAUUGGAAAGCUACGUAGAGCAGACAGUGUUGCAGGCCUAGGUCUGGGAGGAAGGAAAUCACCAGUAAAUCAGAGCAGAGGACUCACACAGGAGAGAAGCCCUUUAAAUCCUGAUAGUGGUAAAAGUUUCAGUCAGAAUUCCAACCUUGUGACUCACCAGAGAAAAUGUAUGAAUGUCCGGAGUGUGGGAAAUGUUUCAGUCAGAAUUCCAACCUGGUGAUACACCAAAGGACUCACACAGGAGAGAAACCAUUUGAAUGUCCUGAGUGUGGGAAAAGUUUCAGUCAGAAUUCCUCCCUGGUGACUCAUCAGAGGAUUCACACAGGAGAGAAACCCUUUGAAUGUCCUGAUUGUGAGAAAUGUUUCAGUGAUAAUUCCAGCCUGGUUAGGCACCAGAGGACUCACACAGAAGAGAUACCCUUUGAAUGUUCUGAUUGUGGAAACAGUUUCAGUAGCAAUUUCAACCAUAUUAGCCACCAGAGAACUCACACAGGAGAGAAACCUUUUGAAUGUUCUAAUUGUGGGAAAGGUUUCAGACCAAAUUCCAACCUUAUUACCCACCAGAGGAUUCACACAGGAGAGAAACCCUUUGAAUGUCCCUAUUGUGGGAGAAGUUUCAGUCAGAAUUCCAGCCUGGUUAGUCACCAGAGAACUCACACAGGAGAGAAACCCUUUAGUUUCAGUAACAAUUCUCACCUUGUGAGACACCAGAGGACUCACACAGGAGAGAAACCUUAUGAGUGUCCAGACUGA